AUGAAUCAAGAAUAUGAAAGAAUAAAAUUUAUAUUUCUUAGUUUGGAUAAGUUUAUUAUAAUGGUAUCUGUUCUAACAUUUAUGCUUAGGAUUUAAAUAAAAAGAUAGCCUUGUAAGAUUUGAAAUUUACAUUUACGAAUGUACUGAAAAUAGAUUUAUUUUCAAAACUACCUUAGUUUUUCAUUUCAAAAGGUUUUAAUUCUAUUUAAUUAAAUUCUCACUAAAGUUUAAGUGGGUAAAAUGAUUAGGAUUUUUCGUAAUAAAAUAAGAAUCACCUCGAGGUUCUCGUCAAAUUUUAUGAAGAAGAAGCAUGA